AAAAAUUGUGCCGAAAAAAAAACUUAACCCGAAACUGCGCGCGUGGUAUUUGACAUUAAACAGUGACUGGGUUUUUGGGGCCCGUGUGUUCAGACGCGGGUGGUAGGAUCUGAUAUAGGGAUGGUGAUGGCCAGUGGUGGUGGCGGGAUGGUGCAAUCCCCGCCGGACAUGCUGCACCAUCACAACAUCAUGGACACCUCCUCCCAUGUGGAGAUGAUGCCGAAAAAACUCCGCCUCUCCCUCUGCGUGGGUUGUGGUGGCCAGAUCCACGACCAGUACAUCUUGAGGGUAGCACCAGAUCUGGAGUGGCACGCCGCGUGUCUCAAGUGCCAGGAAUGUAGGCAGUUUCUGGACGAAUCCUGUACCUGCUUUGUGAGAGAUGGGAAGACGUAUUGUAAGCGAGAUUAUACCAGGUUAUUCGGCACAAAAUGCGACAAGUGCGGCGCAUCGUUCAGCAAAAACGACUUCGUGAUGCGCGCCAAAACGAAAAUAUAUCACAUCGACUGCUUUAGAUGUUGCGCUUGCGCACGACAAUUAAUACCUGGCGACGAAUUCGCGUUAAGAGAAGGUGGCGCGCUCUAUUGUAGAGAAGACCACGAUGUUUUGGAAAAGAGUGCAAACACAAGCGGCAGCAGCAACAGCAACACGGAGAGCAACAACAACACAACAUUGAGCAACAACAACUCGCAUCUGCCACACGAACUGGGCUCUAUGAGCGACUCAGGCAGUGAGUCAGGUUCACACAAGAGCGGUAGAGCAAGAGCCGGUGCUGCCGCUGACGGGAAACCCACUCGAGUGAGGACUGUGCUUAAUGAGAAACAGCUGCAUACACUCAGAACAUGCUACGCAGCGAACCCACGACCAGACGCACUAAUGAAGGAACAGUUAGUUGAAAUGACGGGACUCAGUCCUCGUGUGAUUAGAGUCUGGUUCCAGAACAAAAGAUGCAAGGAUAAGAAAAAAACGAUGCAAUUGAAGAUGCAGAUGCAGCAAGAGAAGCAGGAAGGUCGUCGUCUUGGGUACAUGUCAAUGGGAGUCCCACUUGUUGCUGGCUCGCCUGUUCGACAUGAACCAACGCCCAAUGCUAAUGGACUUGCGCUUGAGGUAACAGCAUACCAACCACCAUGGAAGGCACUAUCAGAUUUCGCUCUACACGCAGACCUAGAUCGAGCCCCACAUCAUAGUGCUGCUUUUCAACACCUUGUUAAUCAGAUGCACGGCUACGACGUCCCCUCCCUCCCCCCACCCCGACCGCACGCUGAAGACAACUACGUCACAUACCUCGAGAGUGAUGACAGCCUGCCCCCCUCCCCAUAGUGCAGACUUGCUUAAAAACAUACAUACAAACACGCUACAAGUAUAGCAAACGGCUA